CAUAGGGGGCUGGUCGCGAACUUGACAGACAGAGAGCAUGGCUGCUACUGGCCGUUGCUGCGGACGCUCAAUGAUCCGUCAAAUGGACCACGGUUUCUUCUGCCCACUUAGGAAACAUCUUGCAAGGACGAAGUUCAAUGAGAAGAAAGGCAAUGCUGUCAGGCGGUUGACCUGCGAUGAGCAAAGGGUUUCUGAAGUAGGUGGCGGCACCGAUGUUGAGGCUGCCAGCGGCAGCCUUGCCCGUCAUGGGCGAUCGCUGUCGCAAAGCGGCGAAGAGUUGCUUUGUGCGACGCCAUUGGUUCGACAACCCCCUCUUCCAUUGUCUUGUCAAGCCGGAGCUAGUGAGGGAGUUGGUUUCGCUCUUUGUCAGGCACCUGCAGUUCGCGGCGGUAAUUGUGGAGAGCUUGCGCCUGAGCUCGAAUCAUUGGGCAUGGGAGAAGUUCGACCAGCAGCACUCCAUACCUACUUCCCCAGAAGAAUCCAUGACGCUCAAGAGAGCAAUGGUCCUGAUACUAAAUGUCCUCCUCGUCCUCGUGCCAGCGAGCAUGACUCACGAGCCAUGCAGCAACUUCGUACCGAUCGUCAUUAUCGUGUUGUCCAGCAGGCUAACGCGCACCAUGAGCGGCUGAUCUUGGACGAAGUGGAUUCCGCACCUGGGCCUGAAGGUGGUACAAGGGGUACGGUACAUUCUUCGAUCAAGGGAGGACUAUGGCGGCUGCCUCUAUCUCGGCUCGCCCCUUAUGGCGAGGAGAAGGCGACGGCGGUGCCCUUGUCUUCCGCCGUGGCUCGUCAGAGAAUGAGAGCAGCAAAGGGGGGGAGGAUACCCCUGGAACCACUGCAACCGGGUGGGAAUAUUGGACGGUCGCUGCAACUCGAUGGUGGUGGCGGUGCUGUUGUGGGGACGAUCUCCAACGAUCCCGCUGCGAACAAAGGGGAGACGGAGAAGUCACCGCUAGCAGGGAGCUUAAAGUUCGUUCCUUGUACACUUACCGAGCGUGUUGCCUAUCGACUAUCCCCAUCCAAUGCCCACCCACCUCUUCCAAAAAUCACAUGGAGGUCGAAGGGAGUGCAAGGUCAGCAAGUGCAGGUGGAGGGAGGGGAGAAGGAGUUCCAAGACGCCCUUGUAAAGGAGGAUGAUGAAGGUCAGGCAGCCAUGAAGGAAGCUGACAGAUCAGAUCAGUCCCAGGGGCUGGGAUCGGAGAACCAGCUGGCGGACGAGGGAAAGAUGGUACCAGCAGGCGCUGGUGUAGAAUACUCUGGGAAGAGGGUCAGAUAUAGAUUGUUCCGAUGGCAAUUGCUACCGAUUGACUACAAGCCCGAUGACUCUCCCAGUAUGCGGAAUGUAAGGGGUAUGAGCAUCGACAGAGGAGGAGGAGGAGGAGGAGGAGGAGGAGGAGGAGGAGGCGAGGGAGGGGGUGCCGAAUAUGAAUCUGACAGCAGGAUCGUCGAGGAUCAAUGGCAGGUACGAUAUCCGUUGCAAGCUGCGCCCUCCAAUCGUCUCCACGUGGACCGAGUUGUAGUUCACGAUGCCGAAGGGGGUGUAGAAAGCAAGCACGCUCGUCGCAUGAUGGUCCUGGAGCACCCGGGACAGAGGUCCUUCCCAGUCAUGGACUACCAACAUCUGGACCUGGUUCAGGGAAGAUCUCCUCCCUUCGAACUGGUAGAGUCUGAUGUUCUCACCCCACAGGCUGGACAAGCUCCAGGGGGAGUAGUGAAAAAUUCAAACAUUGAAGGUGGGGAUGCUAAGGACAACGAGAAGGAUGAGUCGUGCAUUGUGAAGCCUAACAAGUCUAGGAAAAGACCCCGCUCUCAAAGAGAUGUCUUGGGUCCCCAACUCGGGCCCGCACAACAUCAAGAUGGAGAGGCUGAUCAAAAGAAUCCAAACGGAGUCUCAGAGUUAAGUCAACAUCAGGAAAGCGAAGUCCCUAGGCUAAGGCUGGCCGUAUCUCCUGUAAAAGAUACCUCUUUGCCACGUGUCCAAGUCGUGGAAGGUUUGGAUUUGCAUUCUCAUGGAUGGAGGAAUGAGGGACAACCAGAUUCCGAACCUGACUCCAAGCCUGGCAUCCGACGCAGUUCCAAACCAGGUCCAGACCAGAUUCUCACGGAUCGUACAAAAUCCAGCAGUCGUCCAGAUGGACGAUCAAGGAGACUAAGUACUACUAGGAAGGAGUCCUCAGUGCCCGUGAAAAGAAGGUAUGGCGGACUGCCCUCUGAGGACAACAAGGGUACCCUCAGGUACUGCCCUACCCGAAGGAAAGUAACUUCAAGGGCCGCCUUAACCGAAGUGGGUUUGAACUCGGGAGGCAGGAAGGUGGUGAAGAAUGUGAAGGAGGAGGAGAGGGAGAUGAUGAAUGAUGCAAGGCGAACCAGCUCCCAGGGUAGCAAUCGCUUGUGGCCCAAUUCCGCUGUGAAAGCAAGGGAGGUGGGUCAUCAGACGAGUGGGAAGAGGAGCGAGGAGCUGGUAAGGGCAUGGAUGGGACGGGCAGCAGGGAACCGGUCUGCUUCUGCUCCUGCCACGGCUGCUGAAGAUGGAGGAAGCAAGAGCCGAAGAGAAGAAGCUAACAUAACCAGAAAGUUGACAACGCCGUCCCCUGGCUUUCUUCCGGGAGAUGGUCGUGGAAUCGCAUUGAACUUGCAUAACAUUCCAAAGUUUCAGCAGCUGAAGAAGUACAUGCUGAUUCAACAAGCACUGUUGGAAAGCAUUUUGCAGUUUAGAAGACAGGAGAAAGAGAGGGAGAUGCAGCACAAGAAGCAGAUGCUUCUUAUGCGAAGGAAGUUGCUUCGCAUCAACAGGGUUGGCGGUGACAACGAACAAAAGCAGCAGCAGAAAAAGAAGAGGAAGAAGAGGAGGAAGAAGCAAAAUGUCGCCGAUGGAGGAGAAGAGAUGGAACUUCGUGGAAAGGUGAAAAGACCCAAGCUCUCUCAAUCAGAACAUAUGAAGAAUCCAGUUGCAGCUCGGAAAGCAGCUCAUGAUGAGGCGGUGGUGGCAAUGGUGAAUGGGAAGAAGAAAGACCGGGUGCCGCUUACUACUGGACACGCUGGUAGCAUCGGUCUGGUGAGGGGGGGUCUGGGGAAAGCAGAUGUGCCAGGUGAAAGAGUCAGUGUCUGCAAAUAUGCCUCACCAGUCAAUGAGACCUCUGACAGUAGUUCGGAUAUAGCAAAGAUUUGUGAAGCCUCUGAUGAAGCACUGACAAAGGAGAAGAAGAUGGCCCUCCGACAUGAUGUCAAAGUGGGUGAGCGGGGACCGUGGACUGAACAGAUAACAGGAGUCACUGAGGCUUGCUCUGGCGAUGGUUCCACAAUGGGGAAGGCUUGUGCAGCUACUGAAGAGGUGAAGGGGAUGACGCUGCAAACUGAUGUCAAAGCGGGCGAAGCAGGACCUCGGCCAGAGAGUAUAAGAGGAGGAACCGCCGAGGCUUGUUCUGGCACUGGUUCGACUGCCACCCCAGCUUCUGUUACAUACUCCGUAGAGGCAAAGGGGAUAUCACAUCAGCCCGAUUUGAAAGCCUGUGAUGGGGGACGCCGACCUGAACCGGAUAGAGGAGGAAUCAUUCUUAAUAAAAAAGCAGCUGCAGAUCAGAAUGGCACCGUGACAGUCGCGAACGAUGCAGCUGCAGCCAAAUGGAGACCUUGGGCAGGCGAAGGGCAGCAGCCGACUGCAGUCGAGAAACAACGAGCCACUUCUGAGAUUCUGAACGUGAUCAGCCAAGAGGCAACGGAGAAGGAACCUGGUCGAGCUGGAACAGACAAAGAGCGAGGUGCAGCUAAACCUGGUGCAGCUGGACCAGAGAAUCAACGAAUUGCAGUUAAACCUGGUCUGGGUGCAGUAGAGAAUGGACAAGGUGCAGCUAAACUGAGAACAGCUGAAUCAGGCAAUAGACGAGGUGCAGCUAAACCGCAGUCAGCUGAAGCAGGGAAUGGACGACGUGCAGCUAAACCUGGUCGAGCCAAAUCAGGGAAUGGACGAUGUGCAGCUAAACCAGGGACCGCUGAAGCAGAGAAUCGACGAGUUGCACUUAAACCUGGUCUGAAUGAAGGAGAGAAUGGCCGAGGUGGAGCUAAACCUCGUCCAACGGAGGCAGAGAAUAGACCAGGUGCAGCGCAACCUGCAACAGCUGGAGCAGACGAUGGUGCAGCUAAGUCUAGUUUAGCUGAAGCAGACACAACUAAACCUCGAACAGCUGAAGCGGAGAAUGGACGAGGUGAAGCUAAACGUGGUCUAGUUGGCAAGAAUGGACGAGGUGGAGGUAAACCUCGUCCAACUGAAGCAGAGAAAGGACAAGGGGCAUCUGAUAGGCCGAAGCAGAGGACAAGCUCAUCUAUUUUGAAAGACAUAUGCCCUGAUCAAAGCAUCUCAGACAGCAGCAAUCGCACCGUUCUCCCAAAUCCUCUUGCACUCAAAGACAAGCUGAGAAGCGAUCUGAUACUAGGCAAAGAUAGAGGAGGUAUGGCCAAGCUGUCGUUACGGAAGAGUGACCUUUUACGGACUAGUAGUAAGGAAGACAGAAAUAAAUUGCAAGAAGAGCGCUUAUGCGUGUUGGUUAAGGCUCGGGAGGAGAUUAACAGACGACAGAGAGCUAUGAUCUCAAAGAACAGGGAACGGGAGAGAUCCUCAGCACUUGCAAGAACGGUUGAAGAGAACUGUCAGGAGGGAAAUCAGGCCAAUACUGGAGGUGUUGAAGAUAGUCCAACACCGAAGAGGUUAAUGAGAGAAAAUGCAGAGGACAGUGGGGCAGGUGAUGGACGUGUUGAAGUAGAUGCACCCGGGCCAAUGUUAAGAAGUAACGUGAGAGAGAAUCUUCCAGACAGCCAUUCACUGGGUAGUCGAGAGGGUGGAGGUGGUCAAACUCUGCUAAACGUCGUUCGCAGCCACAGGGAGCUGCGUUGGAGACCUCCCGCAGCAGCAACGGCUGCUGCUCCACAACCUCGCCCAAAGUGGGAUAACAGCAUCAGGCCCAUCUCUAUGCCUCGGGUUUCAGCCAAGAAACUCCACCACAAUGCUGGUAGUGCAACACCAGCUGCAACAGGAUCUAGUUUGCCGAAAACACCUCUGCCGAGCUAUCAUGAUAAUAGCAGUGGCAGACAAUUUGACGUGGGAACUGGCUGGUCACCAAGGCUAAGUGUGGAUCUGGGCCAUGCUGCUGAACCAGGACCAGCUAUGGCAGAUAGAAUGAGGGCAGGGCUGGACUGUAGAGGGCAGAAGUUUGCAAAGAGGGAGGAGUCUGUCUGUAGAAUGGGGAUAGGUGAAGGAGCAGGGCGGUCAACAAAUCAAAGACUCUCAGAGGAGCCUGCAGGGAGAGUUACUGAUAGGACCCUGUCGGAGAGAAGGUUAAAUGCCAGCUCUGAAGACACCAAUCAUGGGGGCUGGACGGCACCUACAAACUGUGGCACCCUUAAUAUCUCGGAGAGCAGAUCUGGCAGCGUAGAGCUCAGAUCUGAUUGUGCACUGAGCCAGGCCCCAUCUUCUGAGUCAGAGAUUCAGAGAAGAAGAUUCAAUGAGAUUUGCACAGGAAUACAAUGGCGACUGAGGAGCAGAGGAACUCGAAAUGCUGAGAAUGAGACAGAGAGCAUUGGGAAUGGAAACAGUACACAAAGUGCCAACACUGGAACAGGAACUCCAGAUGAAAGUGCCAAUGGAAAUGGCAACAGAACAGGAAUUGGAGCCUUGAUAAGGAAACUGGGACCUGAAACUUCAACUAGACCAGGAACUGAACCUGUAACCGAAGCCGCUACUGAUGUUGCGGCUGCAGCAACUGCUGCUGAUUCACAACUUACCUCUCCUACGACUGUUGCAGUGGGUGCGAAGUCGACAACAAUGGUGAAUACAGCAACAGCAAAUUCAGAGACGGUGCCUGCUGUGAAGCAGGAAAUAAACAGAGGGAAUCACGCAGCAUGUCCCGGUCAGAGUCGUAUCUUUGCCAUGGGAGGAGCACCCCUCUGGAGCACAAUUGGCCCGGUCUUCAAAGAGAGAGUGAGCGAGUCUUCCAAAGAGGACUGGGAGAAGGCAUUUCUAGCAUGGAAGCAGAAAAAUGGCAUCCCCGAGGAUGCAAAAGUCUUUUAUACUUACAUUGGCGAGGCUGACAAAGUUGAACUAGAGGGCUUGGAUGAGGCAACAAUGAAUGCCCAGAUGAAAGUGUUGAAGAAGAAUAUGUUGUCGCUGCAUGCGCAUGUGGACAGCAAAUUCGACUUCAUGCAAAGCACUCUAGACCAGAUCCUGGACGCUUUGACAAGGCCAGGAUUCCGGCCACCAGCACAAUCGCCGUUGCCGUUAUCGGCGAUGUCAGGCCCCUUUCCGGUUCAAGCUGGCACACAGCCAAGUGGCACAUCUGCAGCAGCCGCACAGACUGUUGCAUCUUCUUCUUCGGGUCCAGCGGUGGUUGCUACACCACCGCAACAGGCUAGUCCUCAACAAGGACAGCCGCAAGGUCAUUGGUAUCCCAAGACCCCAAUGAAACCGCCUCUUGCUUUUUCAGGCGAGAGAAAGGAAGAGGAACUCAACAUAUGGUUGAGGACCGUCCCGGUUUGGGUGAAGGCAAAGAGGACCUUGCCUGAGGACGAAGUGGUAACUGCAGCAUCUUACCUAGAGGGCUUCAAGCUCGGGAAACGCGUAGGGCCAGUGGAAGUAGUAGCGGCUUCUACUCAACAUGAAGUGGGCAUGAUACCCUCCUCACUUCAUGACAAGGUCGAAGCUAAUGACUCCUUAGUCACCCCGCAGACGCAUCUAGACCAAACUAUGCUCUGUACGUUAGAUGUGUCUGAAGCCUUAGAAGACUUAGAAGGCGAAUGGUCAAACAAGGACCCUCGCGAGUCUUGGGUGGCGCUAAAGAAGGGUCCUAGAGGGGAACAUUUCGUGGUGGAAGUGGAUGUAGGAGGCCGCAAAUGUGGUGCCUUCAUAGACAUCGGAUCCACACAGAAUUAUAUAAGUCGCGACUGUUUGGAAAGGCUGCACCUACAGGACCGGGUAUGGCACCUUAGUAGACCUGUAGCAUCUACUUUGGCCAACAAGGAGCACAUGAUUGUAACCGACUACAUCAAUGACGUAGUCUGUACCUUCUCCUAUGGAGGAGGUGAGGUUAACCAUAAGAUCUCGUUCUUGGUUAGCGACGACUUGCCAUUCGAUAUGCUGUUAGGCAUGUACUACCUCGAAGUUGCUAAGCCCCAGUUCGACUGGGAUAAGAAGGUGCUCAAGCAUAAGUUGCCCGAUGGCCGAACUGUCAGACUGACUAAGUUCAAGGCCAGUAGUAUUAUAGAUACCUAUGGCUGCUUGUGCGCAUCAGCGUUCUACAAUUACUAUAAGCAAAACCAAGAGGAGGGUAUGUACCUUGUUUACGUCUCUGAGAAGGGGGAGGCCGUUAAAACACCCCCAGAGAUAAAACAUGUCGUUGCUAAGUUCCCUGAUGUGUUCGAGGAGCCCACAAGAGUUGUUGAAAGGGAAGUAGUCCGCGCUAUAGAAAUCAUUCCAGGGAGACAGAGUGUUUCCAUGGAUUUCAUGGAUACCCUGGUAACUAGCAAGAGUGGUAAAAGGCACAUCUUCGUCAUCAUAGACCGAUUCACCAAGUACGCUAGACUAGUCGCCAUGCCAGAAAGUGUGAGGACCGACCAUGUCAUCAAGUUAAAGGACAACUGGGUGCGGGACUUUGGUUUACCAAAGACUAUCAUUAGUGAUAGAGACGUCCGAUUCACAAGUGAGCUAUGGAAGAAGACUGCGGAACAAAUGGGCAGUCAACUUCAGAUGACUUCAGGGAAUGAUCCCGAAGCCAACGAACAAGCCGAACAGAUGAAUAGAGUUGUACAACACUUGCUGAGGCAUUACAUCAAGCCCAACCAAGAUGACUGGGAUGAGAAGUUGCCACUCAUCGCCAGUCUGUACAACAAUGCUGUGCACAGCAGCACCGGCGUGAGUCCUAACCAGCUACACUUGGGAUGGAAGCCUAGAUCCGCGUUAGACUUCCUCCUACCUGAAAACCGACCUGCUGCAACCCCAGGCACAUUGGAGUACGGUGUGCAGUAUGAGAAGUUGCUGCAAGAAGCUGUCGAGCACAUGAAGAAAGCUCARCAAGCAAUGAUUGCUUCUGAGAAUCAACAUCGUAGACRGUCCACAUUUCAGGUAGGGGAACGUGUCUGGGUCAAGGCUAGCGAGCUAGGACAGGAAUUCAGAAUCUCUCGCAAACUAAUGCCUCAAUACUUUGGUCCCUGGGAAGUCUUAGAUAUAGUGGGAGAUGAGAUGGAUGGUCCCACUUAUGUCAUUCGUGUCCCUGGACACCUACGCACUCACCCAGUCUUUCAUGCCUCAAAGCUUGCACCUUUCGCUGAGACUGAUCAAUUCUCUUCCAGGAGAUCGAUGCUGCCCCCAACCAUGGAUGGACAAGUCGACAUCGACGACAUUGUGGAUCACAGGGAUAUGCCUGUUCAGAAGCCGCUGGGUCGAGGAAGACCUCCUAAACCCAAGAGAGAGUACCGGAUCAGAUUCAGGCAUCAUACGGAUCCAAAAGAAGAUCGGUGGUUUGCCCGGGAGGAACUGAUGGAAACAGCUCCUCAGGUGGUGGCAGAUUAUGAACGGAAGCUAAAAGGGAAGGCACCUGCGAAUGUGAUACUGCAUUCUGGAUUUUUGUGCUUCGUCCAUACUCAUGUUCCUUGCACUUGCCAAGAUUAUACAAUCUGGUUCGAGAAGAGUAUCAAGGAGGAGUUUCGAAAGAGGAUAGAGAAGACAAACCCUGAUGGAGGAGAUGGUAGAGACGAUGACGACGAUGAUGACGAGGGACAGCGAAUUGCGAUUGGGAGUCUGAAUCAAGUCGGAUCAUUGCGCUAUGAACUUCAGGAAUUUAUUCUGAAGUCAUUCCAGUUCUGAAACUGUUUGAACUUCUUCUUGUGUUUGUGGAAGGCAUUAAAGUGACGGAAAUGGAACAGUAUUUGGAUUUUGAACACCGUUACCUGCAUUUAGAUCAAUGGUUCAGGUUCCCUGCAAAAAAAAGUAGCACACAAAAAAAAAAAUGAUAAAAUUGUACGAAAAUU